GCAUAACCCAGUGGUGUCAAACUCGUUGCCAUGGAGGGCCGUGUGUAUGCAGGUUUUCAUUCCAGACUCAGAUCUUGAUUAUAUAAUUAGUUAAAUUAUUUGCUGAAUUAGGGAUGCAGGUUUGUGCACAAUGGUGACCCGACGUCUAUGGUGACCCGCAUUGUCUAAAUAAAAAUGUUCUUAUAUUCUGUGCUUCAAUGCAGUUAAACGCAUAUGGCUGAAUGAGUAAUUGGACUCAAUUAAGGCAGCAUUAAUUGGUUGGAAUGAAAACCUGCAUACACACGGCCCUCCAUGGCAACGAGUUUGACACCACUGGCAUAACCCCUACGCAGAAGUAUAAAACCUUUAACCUAACGCAGCAGAGGUUUGGACUGUGAUAUAUAUAUAUAUAUAUAGCUAGGUUAGUUUCAAACUAAGUACAGAUUCCAAGGACAAAUGGUUCUCAAUGCGCUGGCGAGUCCGGCUGGAUCGCGGAAACCAGGACUUCUACAAAGGGAAGAAAUCUGUCCAUAAUUUUGUGAAUUAUUAUACAUGGACAUCUAUCAAGCUCACAGUAAAGCAUAUCUAUUGCUCCUGUUCUGUGGCCUCGCCUAUUCCUGUGGAAGUGCAGAAUAUGAAAUUAAUGGGGAGUGCUGUCCAAUGUGCACACCUGGCAUAUCUAUUGCUCCUGUUCUGUGGCCUCGCCUAUUCCUGUGGAAGUGCAGAAUAUGAAAUUAAUGGAAAGUGCUGUCCAAUGUGCACACCUGGGACACAUGUUUAUAAACACUGCACAGAAUUUUCUAAUACCUCAUGUGUACCGUGCAUUCAAAAGUCAUUCAUCUCCGUGCCCAACGGUCUGUCUCAUUGUUUGCCUUGUACAGUGUGUGAGCCAGGGACACGUGUUUAUAAACACUGCACGGAGUACACUAGCACCUCCUGUGCACCGUGCACUCAAAAAUCAUUCAUCCCCGUGCCCAAUGGUCUGUCUCAUUGUUUGCCUUGCAUAGUGUGUGACCAAGACUUGGGUUUAAAAACAGAGAGAGAGUGCACCCCCACCUCUGACACAGUGUGUGGGCCUCUGGAUCACCACUACUGCACUAAGACUGAUAAUAAGGGGUGCAGCUUUGCGCAGAAACACACCAUCUGCAGGCCUGGACAGUUCAUCAUACACAAAGGAACAACAUCGACUAAUACCGAAUGUGGAUACUGUCUUGAUAAAACUUUUUCAAAUGAAUCCUUUUCUGCGUACUGCAAACCACACAGAGAUUGCCAAUCCUUGGGACUUCAGGAAAUUACAGCAGGAACAACCACAUCGGAUAGUGAAUGUGGACCAAGAAAUAUUCUUGUUUACAUCGUUAUUUUGUGUCUUGUGUUUGUGCUGCUUGUUCCAGCUGUUAUUUUAGCAAUUAUUUUCAUUUUAAGUAAGUUUCUCCCUCUAUCUGAGAGGAGAAAGAAGAAGGCAACAGAUCUGACAGAACGUGAAAGAAUGAACAGCACAAGCCAGCCACAGGAUGAAGGGAGCAGAAGUCAGAACGUGGCAACAGAUCUGACAGAACAUGAAAGAAUGAACAGGACAAGACAGCCACAGGAUGAAGGGAGCAGAGGGCAGAACAUGGAACAGAAAGUGAUGAUGAACAGGAUAGAUCAGCUGUAGGAUGACGGUAAGGGUACACAUGACUAAAUGGGGGAAAUCAUGAAGACUGAUAAAAAUACUAUUAUAUGGGCUGGGUGCAGUUAGUACUGCAGCUGACACAGCUGUCUACUGUGUGCAUGGAGUUGUUCUUACAUGUUAAAACCAUUUUGAUUCUGUUUUCUUAACAUAUGCACAUUUUAAUGAGGGAUGAGGGUUCAGUUAAUGCAUUCUUUCACCAAUGAAAUACCACAGUGAUGAUCCAUCC